GCGUGACCAUGGCAACGCGGCCUGCGCGGCGCUCUAGGGAAAGCGGCCUCCUUUGAGGUUCUUUUUUAAAGGGAACGAGGGAGGGAGCGAGUGGGAUUACAUUUAUUAGAGCCAUCGUAACAAAGACAACAACAACUUAACAAAGUUAAACACAAACUACGAUUCGUCAUAAAGACGAAGGGGGGAGAGGCGCUGCUGAUCUGCAAUGGCGAGCGACACGACCGGCUCGUGGUUCCCAACCGGAUUCCAUGGACACUUCAGGAGCCGCUCCCGCAACGACAUGGAUCAGACGUUCCGGCUUGCUGCCCGGCCCACGCCGCCUUUGGCGUUCGCGCGCCGCCUGCAACAUCCACGGAAUGGGGCACACACACACCCCUUCUCCUGCCACGACAACCGCCACGCCGGCCUCGGCAGCGUGGGAUACUUUCAGACGGGUCUGGGCCGCAAGCGCGUGAGGACUCCGCUGGCUCUGAGCGCCGGCGUGUACAACGGCGAGUUGGUGGCAUGGACGGGCAGCGCGGGGCGCGAGGAGCGACCCCUUGCCUCGACCUACCGCCUGGAUUUCCCGGGGGCACGGCCCCCACGCCCGGCCUCACUGCCCCCUGCCUUCACCUCGUCGUCAUCGCCGUUUCUGCUGCUGCCCCAGCUUAUCGCGCCCAGGGCGGCCCUCACCAGUGCGCGGGGCAGCUCAUGGCCUGACGAUGGCGGCGGCGGUGCCAGCUCCGGCUCCACCACUUACAGGGCUGCCCACGGCCGGCCAAUCGACCGCACGCAGCUCGCGCUACACAACGCUAUGCCUCCCGGAGAACCGUGGGGCCCGCUACACCACCACGGCCGGCCUGGCACACGUGGCGCAUCCGCCGCACCAUCCCCACGCCCGCUUGGCGUGGCCGACUGCCUGGUGUGGUCGGAUGAGACACGGCACCACCAGGUCCAGCACAGGCUGCCAGCAACAACGACAACAGUGGCGGUGGCGGCUACGCCCCGGCCCUCUCAGGGAUCAGAGGCUGCGGGGCCUGUAACGAAGUAUCGGCCCACCGAUUAAAAUUGAUUCCCAACCUCGCGAGAGGAAGUGUGGCACGCCCAGGGUGGCAACAGAGAAGGCAGUAUUAAUUGUCGGGGAGUCACUGGAGUUUGCGAUGAGUCGGAAGUGAAUUUAAUCAAACGUGUAGCACCUCAAAUUUGCACAAAUGUAAAAUCUACAGCACUCGCACUGUGAUCGCCUUUAUUAUAUUUUUAUUAAUGUAAAAUAAAGAUUAGAAUUAGUGUACGAGUGCAGCUAUUUCGUGCCAAAGUUUUCCCAAGAAAUUACAGGCUGCUGGAUGAUAAAAAAACUUGAUUUGUUACAGCUUACAGCAGAUUGCAUAUUUUAUUGAUUAGUUCACAAAACGUUACAAAAGCUUUAAGACAUUUACUAUGAUUGUAUUCAUUUUUUGGUUUCAACAAUCAAUAAAAAUUGAAAUGAUAAUCAA